AUGAAGUGUGAUGGACUAACUCCCUGUCAAUAUUGCCAAACAAAGGCUCUCGAGUGUGUGUACUCCAAAAUCGAUGGACGCUCACUCAAAGCUAAAGCUUAUCUGGAAAAAAUGAAGUUAAACUCCAGCAUUGACCGUGAUAACUCACAAUCGAAUGGCUUCCCCUCAAUAAAUACCUCGAGUGACAAGGAUGAAUUGGAGCCGGAAAUACCUUCACUUACCCAUUCACCAAAUCAAUAUCUUGCAUCUGCUCCAACCAAAGUGACCACGAAAACAUCGCUGCCGCCGUUGUCCUUGAGCAUUAUUUGUGAAAACUUGCAAACGGCACUUACAAGUGGCGCUGUACCCUCUUCCGCAGCUAAGGACCAAGAGUCGAAAGAAGGUCUUCCCAAUUUGAAUGGUGCAUACACGAGGCUCUUGACUACGAAAACAGGCAAUUUAAGAUUUUUUGGUGAGAGUAGCGCCCUUUCCCUUUUAGGUGAGUGCAGAAGUUUAUUUAGGGCUGUAUCAGGGUCAAGUCGGUUUACUGAUGAUCCCGUUCAACAAUUCAUUACUGACGAGAGUGUUGAUUACCGUAAUCUUCCUGUUCCAGUUCAACUUCCCACAAAAGCUGAUGCAUUCAUUUUGAUUGAUUUAUUCAAAACCAACAUUAACGAUACAUUUUACAUCUUCAACAUGAAGUAUUUCAACAAGAAUAUAUUUGAGCAAAUUUAUCGAGAUCCUGUCAACUGCAGUACAAAAAAAUUGUGUUUGCUAUAUAAUGUCUUUGCUAUUGGGAGACUAUUUAGCGAGAGCUCGCGUCAUCUCUGUCUUAACCUCCCAACACUGGAGGUGUUUUUCAAUCUGGCGCAAGUACUACUACGAAGUAAUGUAUUUGACGGCAAGAUAUGGAUGUGUGAGGUUUAUUUUCUCGAAUAUUUCUAUUUCCAAUCAUGUUGCAAUAGAUCAAAUGCUUGGAUACAGUUGGGAAGUGCAAUAAGAAUAGCACAAGCGUUGGGUUUACAUCGUCGUUGCAUAAAUGCUAGGAUAACAAAUCAAGAGAUAUUGAAUCACAGAAGAAGGUUGUGGAGAAGUCUCUAUGUGUGUGAUUGUGUCAGUAGUGUCAACCUAGGGCGUCCCUUGAUGGUGAACGACUAUGACUAUGAUGAUGCUGAUAGCGAAAUUGAUACUGAAAAUCUUGACGAGGUUGAAAAAAUUAGAGUUUUGGCGCAAAAAGCUACUUCUGAUAGUGCUGCGAUCAAUGCCAAGAUUGUGGAAAACAUUUUCAAGGAUGGUGUGGUGAACAUAAAAAGAGCACACCUUUUGGCAUUACAGUUGAAGAUUUGGUCGGUACAAUUACCAAAGGAAUUGCAAUUGAGCGCAGCAAUGGAGAGUCAAAUGGAGUCAGGGACCGAUCCAAAUAACUACUUGUAUGUGUUUGUCCAUAUCGGACAAUUGUACGGGAUUAUGACGCUCACGAGACCGUUUUUGGUUUACGUGGUAACGCGAAAGCUCAAACCAGAAACAAAACAACAAGUUAAGGAUGAACAAAGUUUGAUGAAUUUUUGCAAAGCGUGUAUUAAGGCAAGCUUUUUGGUGAUUAAGCUUUUGAAAUUCUUUGUCACACACAAUCCACACAGGAAGGAAGUGUUUACAAUCCAGUCCGCAUGUUUCUUUGCUUCAAUAAUUUUGGGUUUCACUUUAUUGGAGCAACGGAAAUCGACCAAGCCUGACCUUCAUUAUAUAUCAGUGUUGCAGGAUACAUUACUCGAUGGGUACAACAUCCUAAAUAAUUAUGCCGAUUUCAAUAUUACAUGCAAAAGAUGGGCAAUGAAUUUACAAAACAUGAUGAAUCAUUUAAAACAAUUUGAACCUGCAUCAGCAAGGAAUAGCCAGUCACCACAAGUACAUUCUGAAGGUGAUCCAGAACCCUUUAAUGAUGAAUUGGUCAGUUGGGGAAUUGACAACAGGGCGUUAGAAGAAGUGCUCAACUUUCAACAGUAUUUUGUCCCUACCACUACAUCUAAAGAACUUGAUGAUAUAUUGAAUGGUAGUCCCGACAAUAAUUACAUAAAAAGCAACAUUGCUGAAGCCAGCGAUUUUUUGGAUGCAUUCCGAUAUGACAAUCGAGAACAUGUCAUUUUUGGCGAACGAGAGUAG